AUGUUCCGUUGGAAACCUUAUUUUGACGGCUUCUGUGAAAUUCGUGAAUUUGAUGAAUUAAAAGUUUGUGCAAGGAAGUUAACAGCAAAGAACGAAUUUGAUAAACAAACUUUAUGGGCACAAACCAAUAACACGAGAUUAAU